AUGCGUGGAAAGAAUCCUGAUGUGGAGGAUGUCAUCUCAAGACAAGAACAUAUUCUCUCAUCUCUUCCUAUUCUUGUCUGGAUGGCCCCUUUUGACAGUGAUACAGAGCAUUUGGUCGGACUGUUCUUCGGCUCUAUUCUCUAUGGUAUACUAACCACCACAUUCCUUCCCUCUCUCGCGUCCCUACUUUUCAAGCAAGAAAAGAGAUUCGAGCUUCGACCUCGAAAGGACAUCAAAAUUCCCGUUCUCCUGGCCACCAUCAUUAUGUUCCUUGUCUCAACCUGUGUUGCGGUGUUCUCCGUACAAACUGUCAUCGAAGGAUUCGUUCGGUAUAACGGUCCGGGUGGGCCGCUUCAGUUCUUCAAGGACGUUUCCGGGUGGAAAUACUGGGCCACAGCCCUGAGCGACGGGUUUCAGAUUUCAGUUGGGGACGCACUUCUUAUUUAUCGAUGUUAUGUGUUGCAUGACCGAAACUGGAAGAAGAUUGUGGUGCCCCUCAUCAGCUGGUUCAUGAUCUUUGGUAUCGGCCUUAUGAUUUUGUCCCCAGCACGGAGCUUCAAUGAUCCAUCAAUUGUCCCUCUGAUUUCAGUGGCCAUGGUAUUGACUUUUAUCACAAGUGUUUCCACGACGUUCCUGAUUAUCCGCCGACUCUGCUCGGUCAAACCCGAAGUUGGCUCCGCGCCCACACAUUUCCUCACUCGAGUGGCCGCAAUUUUUUUCGAGUCAGGAUUGAUCUACACAAUUCCUCUGGUCGCAUCUCUGGCCGUGUACCUGUCAAAAAGCCACUUCGAAUGGACGGUCUCCAUCUGCAUGACCCAUAUUGUUCCAAUUACGUGGAAUAUAUUGUUGAUCCGAGUGAAGGGGACGAAAUCAACGAAAAUGCGUAUGAGGGAGACAGCAGCCGGGAUCCAAUUUCUAUUCACGCACGCCCUCUCACGCUACGAGCGGGGUCACGUGAUCGCGUUUGAUACCUACUCGCAUCGUCCUCCCCAGCUCUUUGAGAAACCCCUUCCUCUCCGCUCUCAGGGCUAUGCCCUGACCGCUAGACUUGGUAAAUUUUACCCGCACUGGAUGCAAUCGUUGAUCGACCAAAUCGGCCACUUCUAUCGUGCCCGGUUAUGGCAUCCUAUCCGCAAAUUUUCUAUCAGUUGCAGUAACGAUUAUAAGACCUCGUUGACAGAGGACAAGAAUAUAUUCUCAUCUCUUCCUCUUCUUGUCUUGAUGGCCCCUUUCGAACGUCAUACAGAGCGUUUGGUCGGACUGUUCUUCGGCUCGAUUCUCUAUGUCUUGAUUAUCCGGCGACUCUACUCGGUCAAACCAGAAUUUAGCUCCGCGCCCACACAUUUCCUCACUCGAGUGGCCGCAAUUUUUUUGGAAACUGGACUGAUCUAUACACUCGCUCUGGUCGCAUCUCUGGCCGUGUAUCUGUCAAAAUGCCACUUCGAAUGGACGAUCUCUGUCUGUAUGACCCAUAUCAUUCCCAUUACAUGGAAUAUGUUGUUGAUCCGAGUGAACGGGGUACGAUCGCAUGCCAACCCGGAGAUCGCUGCAGACGAGCCCGACGAGAAAGCGUCUGUGGGAGACAACGGUUGGGAUCCGAUUUUUAUUCACGCACGCCCUCCCGCGCCGCGGGUAGGAUCAUGUGAUUCCGUUUGAUGCAAUCGUUGAUCGAUCAAAUCUGCCACUUCCAUCGUGGCCGGUUCUGGCGUCGAUUGCACACACGAGAGUCAAUCGAUGUUCACGAACUUUUUCAAAUAAAGAUAGUAGGAUAUUGUUAAGGCCACCAGACAUACAUGCAUUCUGGAGAUUUAUCGGCCACGUGGACGAAGACGCCGUAAAGAAGUUCAAUGCCUGGGCCGUAGAAAUUGAGCAUAGAAAUAGAUUGCUGUGUUGUAGUUGCAGGCAACUUUUCCAUCAAUUUACAUAAGUAGCGUCAGUCA